CCGCUACGGCCGCGUCAAAGUAGAGCUGCGCGGGCUGGUGGAGGCGCGUGCCGGCCGCUGGAGGUCGGAUCGCGGGCUGCCUCCGCCACGCACGUGCAGCAGCUGCAGUGCUCUGAGCAUCCGCCCCGCCGCUUUGUUGCCUGUGGGCCGCCGGCACCAUGCACACGCCGGGCUCCGUGGGUUCCGGCGAGGCGCGCGCGGUUGACAUCGUGGACAUCUGUGAGUCCAUCCUGGAGAGGAAGUGGCAGGACAGCGAAAGGUCCACCUGCAGCACCUUGGAACAGAACGACAUCGAAGCUGUCGAGGCUCUCGUCUGCAUGAGCUCCUGGGGGCACAGGUCCCAGAAGGGUGACCCAUUAAAGAUAAGGCCCCUCACACCUGUGUCUGACUCUGGGGAUGUCGCCUCCUCCGUGCAUGUAGACGAAGGUACACCCGAGCUGCUGAAGGACUUCCAUUCUCUGUCCACGCUGUGCAUGACUCCUCCUCAUAGCCCUGAUCUCAUGGAGCCAUCGACGGGGACAGUGGUUCCUUCCCAAGUCACCGACCCCAAAGCACACGUGGUCACGGCCACCCCCACAGCCUGUGCUGGGGCAGCCCGCUUGCAGGACAGGAGGGAGGGGAGGAGCCUGCCUGCUGCGAAGUCAGAGCUGGGGGAGCCGGCCCCCCGCACCCCCUGCAGGGCUGUGGUGACCACGGCGCCCCCUGCUGCUGCCCACGUUCCUACCAUCGAGACUCAAGCACGCCAGCUUUCCGACAACAGAGCGGGAGACGCACGGCGUGUGGGACUUACUGGAGCUUUGCAGGGUGCCCACCUCAGAGACAGUUUACCCAGUGUGAGCUCAGGGUCCUGUCCGCCUUGCUUGAAUAAGUCUGGCGACCUCAUCUCCCCUAACAAAGGCCAGCAGGCAGGCUGGCCAGUUGCAGUUCAAACCUGCUCACCAAAGAUUCAUGAAAAUGACUUGCCAGGGAAAGCCACCCCUCUGAUUUCUGUCCCUAUCCCCAGCACCCCUGUCCUUUGCCAGAUGAUCCCUGUGACCGGACAGAGUGGCAUGUUACCAGCGUUUUUGAAGCCGCCUCCCCAAGCACCCACCGGGACGGUCGCACCCAUCCUGCCCCCCGCUGCUCCAGGGCCCCAGCCCGUGUUCGUGGGACCGUCCGUGCCCCCGGGAGCCGUGAUGCUGGUCCUGCCCCAGGGGGCGCUCCCCCAGCCUGCACCGGGCUCCCCGGCUGGGGUCCUGGCCGCCGGCAAUACCAGGUUGUUGCCUCUCGCCCCCGCCCCUGUGUUCAUCACCUCCAGCCACAGCUGCGCCCCUCAGGUAGACUUUUUCCGAAGGAGGAACUACAUUUGCAACUUUCCAGGCUGCCGGAAAACCUACUUCAAAAGUUCCCACCUCAAGGCUCAUCUCCGCACUCACACAGGAGAGAAGCCGUUCCGCUGCAGCUGGGACGGCUGCGACCGCAAGUUCGCACGCUCCGACGAGCUGUCUCGGCACCGCCGGACGCACACCGGGGAGAAGAAGUUCGCGUGCCCCGUGUGCGAGCGGCGCUUCAUGCGCAGCGACCACCUGACCAAGCACGCCCGGCGCCACGUGGCCACCAAGAAGACCCCCGGCUAGCAGGCGCGGCGCGGCGGUGCGGCGGGGGAGCCUGAACGGUCGGCCGGGGUCCCCCGGGGGAAUCUCACAGACUCUUUCCAGGAAAGGACCCGUGUGGGUCCUCUCUCCCGGAAUCCUCGUCUGGGGGCCGGGGAGGAGCAGGGGCUGGUUCCGGCCGGAGCACGGCGGCGGCUGGCCUCCAGUUGGGGUCCCACCCCAUGGCUUUUGUAGUUUAGACGGAAGGCAAUUCGACGGUCUGGCUCACCAGCAUUCCGACAAGCGUUUCGGCAAUAAAUUUCACAGCACCUGGGUUUUUACUGCCUUUCCUAUUCGUGUUUUGUAGAAAUGAGACAGGGUAUAUAUAACUUUAUACUGUUUUCUAUGAAAAUAUUUAUAUUGUUGGUACUCCACCAAUUUCUAGACAAGAUGAUUUUACAGUCUUCUUUUCCAUGUUUAAUAUCAUUUUUGUAAUAGCCCUACUUUGUAGUGACCGUGGUACAUCAGCCAAAAAAAAAAAAAAUCUCAAGUUUGUAAUCAGACCUUUCAGAUUGCAGUUAAUUGUUUAGAAUCGGCACUGGUGGGGGGUGGGGGGACUUGGCAGUCGGCUUCUUUGUAACACUCCCAAGGGGUGUCCAGCGGCCACGCCUUUGCGGCCCUGGCCCAGGAUCUCAAGGUUUGGUAGAACUAGUUGCCUGUGUCCGAGGUUCGACUUGUGGAGGACGCGCCCAGAGGGCGACUUACAACCACUCACAACAGGCAGCCCCCCCCACCCCACCCCCAGAAGCAGGCGCCUCUCCAGGCGCGGAGUGUUUCCUGUUGUACCUCCAACACCAAAAAGGGGUGAGGUCAGCGGGCCAGCCCAGCUGCUCUGUCAGUUGUCACUGACUUCUCGUCCUGUGGCCUCCUCCGCAGUGUGUGGUGGGUGGAGCAGCGCCUCAGAGAAAGGGCAGCAGCCGCAUUGGCUGGGGGACUUCCCACCCAAGCACCGCGUUGCACUUUGCACACAGGUGUGGGGGGAGGGGCUCCCACGUGCUGUGGACACGUCCUCGGUCUAGCAUUCCUCCUGGUCGAGACCAAACGCGAGGGAAUCAGAGAUCAGUGUGCAGGAGAACAGUCCCCAGACGUAGGCAGCUCGAGUCUCCUGGCCGCCCUGUCCUGUCCGUCUCCCACUCGGGUUGUAAAGCUGCGUAAGCGUUUCUGUGUGCAUGCCGUCGCACUGGGGUGUUCUUCCUAAUUACACAAAACAACGGUGGUUGUCCUCAUGUGCAUAAUACAAGGCCUCUGAGUGUCGGGUCGCUGCUCGCCCUGAAUUUCAUUGUCUCAGUGGCGUUGGUGCAGAGCAGAUGUGUUCAAAAUGGUUUUCAUGUUCACUUUCAUCUCCUGAUUAGACUUAGACAUGCCUUCUGUAAACAGACUUUUUUUUUUUCUUUAUUUGCCUUCUGUGUGUGUCCACUGAAAGAUGGGGGGUCGGGAGACGGUUUUGUCUGGGGGGUUCUGUCCCGAGGACCGGAGCCCUGCGGCCCAUCCUGUGCCGAUGCCCUGGGGUGGGGGUGGGGGGGCUACCGGCGUUGUCGGGGUGGCGCCGGGCUCCCCCGUGCACUUUACUUCCCGAGCAGUUUUGCUCGAUCCUUGUUGACUCCGAGCCUGUCAGAUAGUUUCAGUAAUAAAAUGCCAACUGUUUCGGAAUCAUGUUUUCUGUAACAGACUUUGACUUCUUGUCCAGAUGGAUGUGUGUGAUGUAACUUUUUUCUUUGAAUCGCAUAAAACGUUCCUGAUCUGCAAA